CCCUCCUCCCUCCCUCCCACUCUGCGCUCUCCAGGCAGCCUCUGCUCCUGCUUCUGCUGCUCCCUCUCUCCCCUCUAGGACACGGCAUUUGCUCUGCCCAUUCCUCGGAGGUGGUUUUGCUCCGCGGGGCUCCGGCCCCCCUGUAAAGCAGACUCCUCCUGCCACCCGGCAGGGAGCUGCUCCAAACUUUCCUGCCGCUCCGCUCCCCUCCCCUCCCCGCCUCCCACAACCUCGGACCCACACCCCGGGAAGAGGCAGCUGAGCCACACGCCGCCCUCCAAAGACCUUGUGCAAUUCAGUGCACCAGCCAUUUAGGACUGGGAACAGCAGCAGCAGCUCAUUAAGAACCAGGACCGGAGCCACACAGCCCUGCCAAGUCGCCUGCUCCCCCUCCGCGUGGGUUUUGGGCCAGUGAAGUGGAUGGAGAAGAAAACCGGGAUGCGACUGAGUCACGUUUGCUGCAUUUUUUAUCAGCUGUGUUUCCUGUCAAGUGGAAUCAUUUCAGGUCUGCAUGCUUCAGGAGACUCUGAGGAAUGGGAGAUUGUCUUCCCAGCACUGUGGAGCAGGGGCCAGCAGGAACCGGCUGGAGGCAGUGGUGGAGGAGGCAGCUGCAGUACUGAUCCCAACUGUGGGAAUAAAAGCAGCACGAGCAAUGCUCCCACCACCACUAGUCCAGUAGCAGGCAGCUCCCGUGAGGUCCGUUCAGUCUCCUCUUCAGUAGACAGACAGCCACAGCCAGCUGGAGAGGCAGCGGAGGAGGAGGACACAGAAGAUGAGUAUGAGUCUCAGGAGUUCUAUCACUGGUCUCCACUUCCUCAAGGAUCUGGUGCUAUUUCUCAGCUACCCCCACCACCUUCCCCACCUCCACCUCCUCCUUCAGAGGAUGGGGAUGAGGUGUUGCUGAGAAUCCCAGCCUUUGCCCGGGAGUUCUACCUGCUGCUCAAGAGGGACAGCCGCUUCCUGGCCCCUGGCUUUGCAGUAGAGGAGCGUCUCAGGGGUGAGGGGAAAAGUCCUCCAGGUGCUGCGCAAUCUCAGCCUGAGAGAGCCUGUUACUACAGUGGUGCUGUGCUUCACUACCCUGGUUCCUUUGCAUCUUUCAGUACUUGUGGUGGAUUGAUCGGGUUCAUACAAAUUAACGAGGACUUCAUAUUUAUUGAGCCGCUCAACCGCACUUUGGCUGUGACAGGUUAUGCACACAGGGUAUACAGAAGGAAAAGGUCUAUAGAGGAGAAAGUUGCUGAAAAUCCAGUUUCUCACACUCAUUACUGUGGUGUUGUUGCAGAGAAGAGAAAAUCCAAGAAUCAAAAAGUAUCAGAAAAUGGGAGAAGAAAAAGAUAUUCCUAUAAAUUACCUCAAGAGUACAAUAUAGAAACUGUAGUGGUUGCAGAUCCAGCAAUGGUUUUAUAUCAUGGAACAGAUGCUGCCAGACGAUUUAUUCUAACCAUCUUAAACAUGGUUUUUAAUCUUUUUCAACACAAGAGCCUCGGAGUGCAAGUGAAUCUUCGGGUGACUAAGCUUGUUAUGCUUCACGAGACUCCAGCAGAUAUGUAUAUUGGUCAUCAUGGGGAAAAAAUGCUGGAGAGUUUCUGUAAAUGGCAACAUGAAGAGUUUGGCAAGAAGAACGAUAUACAUUUAGAAAUGUCAACAAGCUGGGGAGAAGACUUGUCAUCAGUAGAUGCAGCCAUACUGAUCACAAGGAAGGAUUUCUGUGUACAUAAAGAUGAACCAUGUGAUACUGUUGGUAUAGCAUAUUUGAGUGGAAUGUGCAGUGAAAAACGAAAAUGUAUAAUUGCUGAGGACAAUGGGCUGAAUCUUGCAUUUACCAUUGCCCAUGAAAUGGGACACAACAUGGGAAUAAAUCAUGAUAAUGACCAUCCAUCCUGUGCAGAUGGCCUCCAUAUCAUGUCAGGAGAAUGGAUUAAAGGCCAGAAUCUUGGUGAUGUUUCAUGGUCCCGGUGCAGCAGGGAAGAUCUAGAAAGAUUUCUCAGGUCAAAGGCCAGUAACUGUUUGCUACACACAAAUCCUCAAAGCCUCAAUUCUGUGAUUAUUCCUUCCAAACUGCCAGGAAUUACAUACACUGCAGAUGAACAAUGUCAAAUUCUUUUCGGACCAGCUGCUUCCUUUUGUCAAGAAAUGCAGCAUGUUAUUUGCACUGGGUUAUGGUGUAAGGUGGAAGGUGAGAAGGAAUGCAAAACUAAACUGGAUCCACCAAUGGAUGGAACAGACUGUGAAACUGGAAAGUGGUGUAAAGCUGGCGAAUGUAUGAGUCGGACCUCUUUUCCUGAACAUUUGGAGGGAGAAUGGAGCGCCUGGAGUACUUGCAGCAGAACUUGCAACACUGGAAUCAGCAGUCGACAACGCAAAUGUCCUGGGCCUGGUCCUGAAGGAGAUUGUCAUGGUCCUCGACUACAAUAUAAAAUAUGUGAGAACCUUUCCUGUCCUGCUGGAGCGCCUGCAUUCAGGGACUGGCAAUGCCAGGCUUUCAGUGUCAGAUCUUCAUAUCAGAAGCACAUACUCCAGUGGCAGGCUGUUAUAGAUGAUGAAAAACCAUGUGCAUUAUUUUGUUCCCCUGGAGGAAAGGAUCAACCUAUUCUUCUAACAGAAAAGGUCAUGGAUGGGACUUCGUGUGGGCUGCAAGGAUUAGAUAUCUGUGCUAAUGGUAGAUGCCAGAAAUUUGGCUGUGAUGGAAUAUUAGGAUCUCUAGCACGGGAAGAUCAUUGUGGUGUGUGCAACGGCAAUGGAAAAUCAUGUAAAGUCAUUAAAGGUGAUUUUAAUCAUACCAGAGGAGCAGGUUAUGUUGAAGCCUUGGUGAUACCGGCAGGAGCAAGAAGAAUCAAAGUUGUGGAAGAAAAACCUGCUCAUAGUUACUUAGCUCUUCGAGAUGCCAGCAAGCAGUCGAUUAACAGUGACUGGAAGAUAGAGCAUUCAGGAACUUUCAAUAUUGCUGGAACUACUGUUCAUUAUGUUCGGAGAGGUCUCUGGGAGAAAAUCUCUGCCAAAGGCCCCACAACAUCACCUUUACACUUACUGGUGCUGCUUUUUCAUGACCAGAACUAUGGUCUACACUAUGAAUACACUAUCCCCCUAGACCCCCUUCCUGAGAAUCAGAGCUCUAAAGUGUCUGAACCCCUGUUUAUGUGGACACAUUCUGGUUGGGAGGACUGUGAUGCCAUGUGUGGAGGAGGAGAAAGAAAGACAACUGUAUCUUGCACAAAGAUUAUGAAUAAGAAUAUCAGUCUUGUGGACAACAAGAAAUGCAAAUAUUUAACAAAGCCUGAACCACAGAUCCGAAAGUGCAAUGAGCAGCCAUGCCAGACAAGAUGGAUGAUGACAGAAUGGACUCCAUGUUCAAGAACAUGUGGAAAAGGGACCCAGAAUAGACAAGUAGCCUGUACACAGCAACUCAGGAAUGGUACCUUGAUUAGAGCUCGGGAAAGAGAUUGUCUUGGGCCAAAGCCUGCAUCUGCCCAGCGCUGUGAAGGCCAGGAUUGCAUGACAGUUUGGGAAGCUGGAGUGUGGUCUGAGUGCUCUGUAAAAUGUGGCAAAGGAGUGCGACAUCGAACAGUGAGGUGUACCAAUCCCCGCAAAAAGUGUGUUUUGUCCACAAGACCGAAAGAAGCAGAAGAUUGUGAGGACUAUUCUAAAUGCUACGUUUGGAGAAUGGGAGACUGGUCUAAGGAAUUCCUACUUCUUACUGAGGCCAGCUGGAAACAACUAAAGCAUUACAGCACCUUCCUCAGCUGUUGGCCAUGGGAAUAUGUAUUCUCUCCAAAAUAUAUAUCUUUGGCAGGGAACAGAAAGAAGGAAUCUUGGUGCUCAGUUACCUGUGGCAAAGGAAUGCAGUCUCGAGUAAUCCAGUGCAUGCACAAGAUCACAGGAAGGCAUGGCAAUGAAUGUUUCUCCUCAGAAAAACCUGCAGCAUACAGACCCUGUCAUCUUCAACCCUGCAAUGAGAAAAUUAAUGUAAACACCAUCACAUCACCGAGGUUAGCUGCUUUAACAUUCAAGUGCCUUGGAGACCAGUGGCCAGUCUACUGCAGGGUAAUACGAGAGAAGAACCUCUGUCAGGACAUGAGGUGGUAUCAACGUUGCUGUGAGACAUGCAGGGACUUUUACGCGCAAAAAAUGCAACAAAAAAGUUGACCUCUGGCAGGCUGGCUGGCUUUCAGCUCUUGUAUACUUAUUUAUAAACACACACACACGCAUACACACACACACAAACAUACACAUUCACACUCCAGCACGCUUCUUCAGACCAAAUAUUAUCAGAUUACAUAUAAUUUAAUCAAAUUAAUUUAUUUUGCCUGCCAGACAUUCUUUAUUGUUUUGGUUAGACAUCCUUCUUCUUUUAUCCUCUAAGGUUUUCAUAAUUAAUUUUAUAUGAACAAUUUUGGAUACAUUUAUCAGAAUUUUUAAAAAAAGAAAUCAUUAGUGUAUUUUAAAAAUUUAUUUUCAGUAGGGUCAUGUCUCUGUUGCCAAAAAGCCAUCAUGUUAUCUUGAAUUUAUUUUAAUUUAGCUGAAUAGUUUUGCUGUAUAUGGAAAUAAAGCCCAUUUUUAUUUUAUUAUAAUUUUUGGCAUACAGAGUCAGAAUGAUCUUGUGUAUUUUGCAACAGAUGUUAAGGUGACUAAGCUAACAUUAUUGAACAGGUUAUUACAGAAUGUAUUGUGAAAUCAGUUCCUCUUUGAUUUAGAGACAUACUGUAGGAGAGAAUCUACUGUAACUUAUAACCUACUAGAAACAAAAAAAAAAUCAAAUAGCAAAGUAGGGAUUUUGAUCAUGCUCAUAAACACAUACUUGAACACAAGUAUUGAAUCAAUGAAACACUGUAGAGAUUUACACUGAAUCACUGUUGCACUGUUUGAGGUAGGAUAGAGAAACACAAUUCUAUAACUUGUACCAUCCUAUGAAAACACGUCUGUACUGUUUUAACAUGUCACUUGAUUUUAAGUGUUUUUAAACAAAAGACCCAUGCCCCUAUAUGCCUUGUGUGUCCUUUCGCAUUUUUAUAAAUGGAAGUGUCCUUGCUCCUGACACUUGUGUAUAAGUUAAUCUGUUAAACAUUUUCACUUUUCUGAGGACUUAGAAGAUAGCCUUGUGAUACUGCUUUAGUUUUACUUUUAUGAAAAAAGUCUUUAUAAAAAUAAAAUGUUUUGCACUUUUGUGAAACAUUAUGAAACAGCUAAAUUUUCCUUAUGAGAAAAUAUUGUACAUGAUUCACAUGAUUUUUACAUUUUCAA